CCGACGUCAUAGCCCUGCGACAUUUUCAAAAUGGCGUAAUCUGAACGAAAACAAUGUGGUGAUGAAAACUAUAGUGGGAAACGAGAGGAUUUUGUUUCAUUCACCGCACCGACAACUUUAAAUCCAGCGACACUAUGCCGGUGUGCAACUUUUGGAUGCAAGGCCGGUGUCGAUAUGGCGACAAGUGUUGGAAUGAGCACCCAAAAGCAGGCGGUGGCGGCUACGGUGGAGAGUACAACAGCCGCCCCCCUCAACAGUCCAACAGAGGCGGGGGAGGAGGGUUUGGGAACAGAGUGUGGGUGAACCCAGCUCAGAGGUCUGGAGGAGGAAACUACGUCCAGCCGUCAUCCUUCUCUUCCCAGCAGGGUGGCAACAACUGGGGUCCAGGAGGAGGAGGAGGAGGAAGGGACAGCCAAGCCCAGAGCUCUAACUUCAGUUUCGCAGCCUCCUCUCCAAACCAAAACAGAUUUUCUGCCUUAAACACUCAAAGCAGCUUCGACAAAGGUGGGAGAGGAGAAGGGGAAGACAAUGAAAAACACUUGGAAACCAUCCAGAAAGAUAUGGAGAUCUGGGAGACUUCAGGCCAGUGGCUUUUCUCCUGUUACUCUGUCCUCAAAGCAACCAUCUCAGGGUUCACAGAGCUCUCUCCAGAGGAGCUGAGACUGGAGUACUACAACACCAAGCCGUCUGGAGACCUGCAGGGAUACGCUAACGUCAUCAAUCAGCUGGUCAACCAAUGGAGAAGCAGAGUCCAGGAGCUGAGGGCUAUGAGCGGCAACACCAGAGUCGCUAUGCUUGCAGAGCUGGACAACCCAGCACCACAGGCAGCGUCUGGAGGUUUUGGGUCGACACCAGUGACCGGCUUUGGGUCCUCAGCACCAUCUGGCUUCGGAACAGGUUUCGGAGUGCCGGCUCAGGUCCCAGUCCAGGACACCUCAGGUGCCAGUAAUUUCAGCUUUGCUGGACCAGGUGCAGCUUCUGCUGCUCUCGGCAGUGCUGCGUCAGCCGUCCCACCAGCUCCCACUGGGAUUGGCUCGAUGGCCACCACUGUUCCCUCGGCAGCCGGUUUCUCCUUUGCCACCUCUGCUGCCAACAAGGAGACAACUACAGCCGGUUUCGGAGCUCCUGCCUCUGCGUCCGGGUUUAGCUUCGCCUCGACGGUCGCUGGUGGAGGAGGGGCAUUUGGAGGGAGUGGUUUCGGGAGUGCAGCGCCAGUGGCUGCAAGUGGUUUUGGACAGGCGAGUGGAGGGUUUGGGGUUAUGGCCCCAGCAGACAGUCUCUUCACCCCCCACAGCCAGCUGAGUGAAGAGGAACUGAAGGAGUUUGGAGGGAAGAGGUUCACCCUGGGACAGAUACCACUCAAACCCCCCCCUGUUAAUAUGCUGGUGGUCUGAUCCCACCACUCAACCC